CGGCAUUCCUGCACAGACCAGCUGUGGUCACACCUCGCUCAGCAACAUUGCUUGGUGUUAAGGAUACACAGCAUCCAGAAAGUGAAAACGUCAAGAGCCAUCCUGUGAAUUUACCAAUUAAUAAAAAAAAAGGAUUGCGCGAUUUUAGGAUGUGUAAGUGAGGUCCGCAACGCCAACGAUUGCAGGUAAAUAGAUACGGACCAACCAGGUAGCCCGGGAGGCUCGGAAUUCGGCCAGCGGAGUCUCACUUAAGGGGUGGUAAACAAACGCCGGCAAUCGUACAGUCCCGGUCGCGAAAAUAUAGCCACGAUGUUGGCCCAAUCGGUCUACCUGAAGGUAACCCGCCUCUCGCUGCGCUCCGCCUCGAAUCUCUCCAAGCGCCGCGUCGACGAGCUAAACGCGGGGAUCGGGGAGCUGCGCCAACUGCUGUCCUGCGUAGUCUGCUGUCAACUCCUGGUAGAUCCCUUCUCGCCGAAGGGCAAGCGGUGCCAGCACCACGUCUGCCGGCUAUGCGUGCGCGGCAAGAAGCGGCUCUUCCCCAGCUGCACGCAGUGCGACGAGUGCUCUGACUUCAGGACCUACGAGGAAAACCGCAUGUUGGGCACCCAGCUGCUCUGCUACAAAACGCUGUGCGUCCACCUGCUGCAUUCCUCGUUGUUCGGCCAGCUGGCCGGGCUGAGGCCCCUGGUGGGCCGCGAGCUGGUGCCGCGCAUAAAGCUACCGCCCAAGACCACACAAGAGUUCAUCCGGGAGGGCUCCCAGAUCUCGGACACGUUCGACACCUUUUUGCCCGAGCCGGACCUGCCCUUUCUAAAAGACCAGCCCACAUCGCUGCCCGCCGAGACGCCGCCCACAACGGCUGCCACCACUCCGGAGCAUUCAUUCGACCAGCACCUCAACAUCAGCGAGAUCGAGGCGGAGGCGGCGGCCACGGCCGAGCAGGGUCACUUCUCCCCGCUGCCCCUGCUGCCUACGGGAUCGCGGAUGGGUCUGAUGGCCCACGACGGACAGAUAGUCAUCGCCACCGAGUCCUCGGAGUCCGGAUUCAUGGAGCACGCGUGGACCGACCAUGUGGAUCUCUCCUCAGCCAUUUCAGUGUCCGGCUUCCCCAGCCACGGCAGCAACUUUGCCGUCUCCUACGUGGUGCCCACGGCUGCUUCCACGCCGUUCGAUCCCCAGCAACUGCAAAUCGGUCAGUUGGUGCAAAUGGCUGACUCCACGCAGUUGGCCGUGCUGGCCGCCGUCGAGGAGUCCAUGGAAACCUCCACCCAGUUGGCUGUGCUCUCCACCAGCUUCGAGGAGCCUAAAUUGUCCCCGCCCGCCGGAGAAUCCGUUGAAAUCUCCGCUCAGUUGACUGAGUUGCCAGUUGAAGAUCAGGAGGAGGCGAUGACUGAAAUUGAGGAGCAGCAUGAGGCCUCUGAGAAGUCGGAGUUUUUGACCGAAAUAGUACAGCACGAAGAAGACAACACACAGUCGGAAGAGCCUCCUGUUUUAGAGGAAACUGAGCAAGUCGAGGAAGAGGCAUCCAAUAAUAAGCGGAAGCUGGCUGAACUAGAAGCAGAGGAGCAUGAAGAGGAAAAGGUCUUGGAGGAGAUCCAGGCGGCGGUGGAGGAGACAGUGGUAGAGGAGUUACGUCCCAAAAGCGUGGAGCUGCAGGAGGAAGCCACUGAUGAACCCCCACUCAAGCGAAAAAGAACCCGUAGUCUGAAGGCCUCGCAAGCCAACCAAGCCAAAAUCGAACCCGCUCCGGCUGAGGUCAAUGCCAAACUGCAGUCUGGCAAGGGCGCCUUUCGAAAGGUGCGCAGCAAGGCGAAGAAGGACAACGCCAAGCCAACGAAGGGCAAGUGCCGGUGCGGCAUCUCCGGUUCCGCCAACCCUCUCACCACCUGCCGCAACUCGCGCUGCCAUUGCUACACCUCUGGCAACAGUUGUGCCGAUUGCAACUGCGUGGGCUGCAAGAAUCCCCAUAAAGAGGACUUUGUGGAGAGCGACGAGGAUGAGGACGAAGUGCUGACAGAGCCAGAACCAGGGCCGAUGGAGAAAUCCGAGGAACCAGCAGAAAGUGCUAAGGAGGAGGAGAAGAGCCGGGAUUGUGCUCAGCCCCCUCAUCCAGAGCCAUCGAACGACGGCAUCAGCUUGGUUCCUCUGAGUAAUCUGCAGCACUCUCAGCAUCCCUUGGUGUUGGUCCAGAAUGAAAAAGGCGAGUACCAGGGAUUUAACAUCUUCCAGGGCAACAAGCCCGUCGAUCCAACCACUGUUGGCUUCAUUCGCGUCCAGCUGCAGAACAACGAUGGCAACAGCUCCAUUCCACAGUACGCCUACGUGAUGCCACAGCCUGCUAUUCCGGAUCCUCCACUCCCAGCACCAGCUCCCAUGCUAUCGCCACCUCCUCCACCGCCUCCGGAGAGAGAGGUCCUCGAGCCGUCGCCCAAGAAGUUCAGAAGCAGCAGAACUCGAAGGGGCAGGCCGAACUACUCGGCCCUCGACACGGUGGACGAACUUGUCAGUGGCGGAUCGAGGAGCAACUCUGCCGCUGGCGACAGACUGUCCGCCACUGACAACGCCCACUCGUUGUUCGAGGAGAUCAUGUCCGGCUCGGAUGACUUGUAAGGCGUCUCUUCCAUAGAUGUUGUGUUAUCCCUGAUUUUUUUUUUUUUUUUUUUACCUGUAUUUUUAAAUGCCCAGACGAAUGUUAUGUGUUAAUCAUAACUAGUCAUAGGCCUGGGCAUUAUCACCCCUGAGCCCCUUACUUUAUUGGAUUCGUGUUCGUAACAUAUUUCUUAGAUCCUCUACUCAUGAAACAGCCACUCAACUCCUAAAUAUCUUAUGGGAUCAUUUUCCAACAUGAGGAUUCCCCAGUCUGUUUGUAAUCAUCCAGCAAACGUUUCCAAAACUCAUUUUUUUUAUUAAUUAUUAAGCAGGUAAUAUUCGCUACAGAUAUGUAAGCAAUUCUGCAGCUACCGCAGGAAAUGUGUAUUUAAGGGCAAAGCAAUAGUCACAAUUAAGGAGUUUUCGUUAAACGAACAUCGAAUUAUUAAAUAACUUUAAUGCUUUGCUCGAAAUGCGGUUGCUGUGAGCCAAAAAAAAAACUUUUUUUUUCUAAAUUAAGCCCUUUUUUUUCAUAGACUAAGACAUUUUUUUGAGCAUGAAUUUUUUUGAGCACGUGAACCUAAUCUUAAGAAACAAUAAUACAAACAUAGCCAUAUAUAGCCAAAAUAUAUAUGCGAAAACAUUACUCUAAAAUAUUCAACAAAGGCAAAUAAAUAUGAGCAUUGCUGAAAAUAAAACC